AUCCCCAGGCCAUUUCUUUUUGGAGUUCCAAAGUUUGCUUCAAUCAUUGUGUUUUGGAUUGAGAAGGAGGGCGAGAGAGUUCUGUCUUGUUUGUUUCCUCUUAUAUUGUCCUUAUUGUAUUUUCACUAUGAAUCAUUCUGGGGCAGCCAAUGAUCAGAGACCAGCAGUUGAAGUUACCAAGGAUAGAAAUGGAAUCGGUCAGGUUGUGCUUCGGAACCCUCGAGGGGCUUCUGCAACGAUUAGCUUACAUGGAGGACAGGUGCUCUCAUGGAGAACCGACAGGGGAGAAGAGUUGUUAUUCACAAGUACUAAGGCAAUCUUCAAGCCGCCACAUGCAGUGCGAGGAGGAAUACCCAUAUGCUUUCCACAGUUUGGGAACCGAGGAUCACUAGAGCAACAUGGGUUUGCCAGGAACAAGAUUUGGGUCAUUGAUGACAAUCCACCACCUUUGCAUCCCAGUGAUUCCCUUGGAAAGACGUAUGUUGAUCUGCUGCUUAAGUCAUCUGAAGAAGAUUUGAAGACCUGGCCACACAGUUUAGAGUUUCGUCUUAGGGUGUCAUUGGCAGCCGAUGGGUAUCUUACAAUGAUUUCACGCAUCAGGAAUAUCAAUUGCAAGCCAUUUAGUUUCUCAAUUGCCUACCAUACAUAUUUCUCCAUCUCUGAUAUCAGUGAAGUGCGGAUAGAAGGGCUGGAGACUCUUGACUAUCUUGAUAACUUAUGUCAAAAGGAACGUUUCACCGAACAAGGAGAUGCCUUAACAUUUGAAUCUGAGGUUGAUCGGGUUUAUCUUAAUUCGAAAGAUGUGAUUGCAAUAUUUGAUCAUGAAAGAAAACGGACAUUUACUAUACGCAAAGAAGGACUCCCAGAUGUCGUGGUAUGGAAUCCAUGGGAGAAGAAAUCAAAAUCCAUGGUGGAUUUUGGAGAUGAAGAAUUCAAACAGAUGCUUUGCGCUGAUGGGGCAGCAAUUGAAAAACCAAUCACUUUGAAGCCAGGUGAAGAAUGGACAGGGCGGUUGGAACUUUCUGUAGUCCCUUCAAGUUGAUCCUAUUGCAAGUUCUUUGAAGAUUAAACA